AGCAUACGAUGGCUUUUACGCCCUCUACGAACCGCAAACCAGUGUCACGCCACUGGAAUUACCCUUCCAUUGCGCCCUUGUGACGUCAUCUGCGCAUCGCUCGCCAUCACAUUCUGCAUCUGUGUUGUGCAUCUGCAUUGUGGGUGUGUUAGUGAGUGUUCUGUGGCUGCAGGUAACCUAGUGGGAGCUGUCGCGAGACAUACCGGAGUUAUUUGUCUAUACAUACAGUCGUUGGUGCUCCCGCUAGUCAAGUGGAGUUGGAAGGGGCUACGCCUCCUCACGCCAUUAAGUUACCACCAGGAAUGAAUUACAGUCUUUUCACGCUUCUGAAGCAAUUUCCAUGUAUGUGGCAAGGUCUCUUAGCACUAAAGAAUGAUCAAGCCGUUGUGCAGAUGUACUACGUUUCUGGAAAUGAUUCGGUGGCUAAAUGUAGCUUGCCGAAGAACACUGAUGGAUCGACACCGUCACUACGAAUAUUUCACCGUAUGAGAUUAGAACCACCUCAAGUGGAAGGAGUUGUGAGAAAAAUGCAGAUGGAAAACGAACACUGCGUGCUGCUGGCAUUACCUUUUGGACGCGAUCAUAUCGAUGUAGUUAAUCAAACGACAGCGUUGACCGACGAUUUCAUCACUUACCUACAACAAAAACAAGCUAUCGGUAUUGUGAACGUUGCCGCUGCUGGAACUACUCAACCACCGGCUUACGUCGUGCACAUUUUCCCUUCGUGCGACUUCGUUAAUGAAAAUCUGCGUACGAUAACACCACAUCUGCGUAUGACAAUGCCGGAUCUGCUCGAAAGAGUGGCAGACAUCCCCCAUUUACUUAUUGUCAUAACUACGGUGUGAUAGCAUAAUUUCAUCGAUGUGACUGUUGCAUACCUAUAUUUGAAUAUUUAAUUUUCAACUACAUUGUAACACUUUGGUGUGCAAGAUAUUCGGUACAAUAUUUCUUGUCCCAAAUCUUGUACUAAAUAGUGCAUCGUGUCAAACGGGCUUAAUAUAUCAGCGCAACUAACAAA